AAACCCUAAAAACCCCUUUAAGACAAGGCGAGGCGCGCACCAAAGGUCCACAGGUCUCGCAUCGUAGAGAAAGCAAAACAAACAGAGACAAUGCGACCUCCAAGAGGCGGCGGCAGCUUUAGGGGCGGAAGAGACGGCGGACGAGGUGGCGGAAGAGGUUUCCGAGGAGGAGGCGGUCGCGGAGGCGGUGGACGUGGUUGGGGUGGUGGUGGCUUCCGUGAUGAAGGACCUCCUUCCGAAGUCGUGGAGGUUUCUACAUUUCUUCAUGCAUGCGAGGGUGAUGCAGUGACAAAGCUCAGUAAUGAGAAAAUACCUUACUUUAAUGCCCCAAUCUAUCUGCAGAACAAGACCCAGAUAGGGAAAGUUGAUGAAAUCUUCGGUCCAAUAAAUGAGUCUUAUUUUUCCAUCAAAAUGUUGGAAGGUAUUGUAGCAACUUCAUAUGUCCUGGGUGAUAAGUUCUACAUUGACCCAAACAAGCUUUUGCCUCUUGCAAGAUUUCUUCCACAGCCAAAGGGCCAGACACAAGGUUCUACAAGAGGUGGCCGUGGGGGAGGCAGAGGUGGUGGUAGAGGUGGUGGUCGUGGAGGUGGAGCUUUUCGAGGAAGAGGUGCUCCAAGAGGUGGCAGAGGCAGAGGUGGUGGUAGAGGUGGUGGUCGUGGAGGUGGAGCUUUUCGAGGAAGAGGUGCUCCAAGAGGUGGCAGAGGUGGAGGCAGAGGUGGGGGUCGUGGCGGUGGCUUCAGAGGCAGAGGGAGAGCAUAGAACAACUUGUUGUCACGUUACUGUUGUCCUUCUUUGUUUUAGUUUACCGACGUAUCACUAUGAAAUUCUGAAUGCUGAACUUAAACAUGAUUUUGGUCUUUCAAUGGAUUCACUUUUUACUGCAUGUUCAUGUUUUCCUAUUUGUGGACCGCACAUAUUCAUGUU